UAAUUUUCCGUGGUUAACGUAACAACGCUGACUGCAACCAACGCGCGUUUCCAUGAGUAUUAUAAUAGUGUCCCUCGUUGGUCGUCGAUGUGUUGUUUCGUGACGUCUUUCUAGUACCGUUUCUUAACAAUCUGUUAUUAUAUAUUUAACUAUAAAUAAAUCCUAGAUGUAUCAUGUAUCAUUGAUUUAACCAAAAAAGAGAUAAGAAAAAGACCGUUAGAAAAAUUUUCAUAAAUCAGUGUGUGCUAUUUAAAAAAAAACAAAAAUUGAUUAUUAAUAAUAAUAAUAAUAAUAAUAAUGAUAAUAAUUAAAAGAAGACUAUAGAACAUUUAAAAACGUGUGAUAGACAUACAGAAAGUGCAUUGAUCAUCUCCUCCCCUCAUGGCUGCAGGUGGGGUGAAAAAUUGUCUUUGUAAUAAUGACAAGUGCAAUCUAUCUAAUCAAAUAUAUACAUGUAUAUAUAUAUAGAAAUACGUGAAUGUAUUUUAUUUGCAUUGACUUCAUAAUUUGUGUCGAAACUAAUAUGCACGAAUAGUUUAAUUUUCAAUGCGCGGUAAAAAAGGAAGAUAAAAAAAAAAAAACAAGCCCAAGUGUACGAGUGCAUAGAAAGUGAAAGUUUUUCUCUAACUCUCCUAUUCCGAGUGGAUUUAACAAGUAAAAAAAUAAAAAAAAAAGUAAACCAUUUUAGUAGUUCCUGAUCGUUAUAAAAGAAUAAACAAAAUAGACAGUGUGAUAUUGAUUAACAGAAUAAGAAGAGAAUGAGUUGGACAAAAAGGAUGGCUCGUCAUGGUAGUGAAAAAUCCCUUCAUACAUUACAAACCAUGUAUCCUAAUCGUACUACGAUUAUUCACAAUAACAACAACAACAGCAACAGCAGCAGUAAUAACAGCAGUAGCAGCAAUAACAACAAGAACAAUAACGAAGAUGGUUUAACCAAAAUGAAUUCUAAUAAUCUGAUUAGCCCAAAUAAAACAAUGAACAAUAGUAGUAGUCCACUUUCAGAUAUGGAUAUCUUAAUGGAGGAUCAAACUGAUGAUUUUUCUCCUAUAUUAUCAAGUACUAUAAAUUCAUCUAACAAUAACAGUAUAGUUUUUGGUUCCUCAUCGUUGGGUUUAGACUCACGUAUACCCAGACCAUCAUCUAAUAACGUUCUGCGCCGUUCCUCGAGCAUGCGCAUCCGUGGUGAACGGCUUCCAGCACAUCAUUCUCGACCCACUACUACUACUACUACUAUUACUACUACCACCACUACUGUACCAUCAUCAUCCUCCUCUUCCUCUUCAAAUCUUCUUGGCCAACACCACCACCACUAUCGUCGUCACAACCAUCUCUUGGUGUCACAGCACCAUCAGCAGCAGCAGCAGCAGCAGCAGCAGCAGUACCACCAACAUCCUGAUCAUCGUAUCUUUCCUGUCAUCACGGAGAAUGGAACCGACUCGCCAAGACAACGAUCACUUAGCCUCUCACUGACACCAGCUAGGCCGCGAUCAGGACACGCGGCCUCGAGUACAACAACACCAGGUGCAGAUGACAGUGAUGCAGAAAGCGUGAGAAGUUACGGGAGUGCAUGCAGCACAGCGAGUGCUUGCGAUCAUGCAUCAUUUGCAUUGAACGGUACUACUUGGUCUGGUCGAUCACGAAAAUACGUUGUACAUUGUUCCAAUCAUACUGGUGACAAUGAACAAUAUCUUACACCGACCCAAAGGGCCGCCAGACAAAUCAGGAGAUUCCAGGCUCUUUUGAAAGAAGCAAGAAUAGAAAUAGAAGAUAAAAAUCGAGAGAUAGUUCGAUUAACCAAAGAGGUUGUUGAACUUAGAUUGUACAAAGCAUCGUUGAAUAGUCCAGAUGAAAGAACUGAUAGUAGUGAUGCCCUAACCGUACGUGAAAGCAAUCCAUUUUCACCGGAAUCACCGUGUAAAGAUUUAUUAGAGGAAGGUUCAUUCGAGAAGGUAACAAGUCCUGAAACUCCUGAGAAACGUGCCCAAUCGGAUGUACCAUCCUCUUUAGCGGAUUCAGGACAUUUUGAAGACGGUUCCGUCCACUCUAAAGAUUCUGUGUGCCUACCGGAAACGGUAUUACCCGAAACUUCUGGUAAUAAUAAUCCUCCAUCCAAUGAUGAACCUAAAAAUGCAAGUAGAACGGUCUCUGUUGUGGAUAGUAGUAGUAAUUGUAGCAUACCUGAAAGAGAUGAAGAAAGACGUCGAUUGGUUGAUCAUUAUGAAAGCAGAAUUGAAGAGAUGCACCGAAGACAUAUCGAUGAAAUGCAGGAAUUGAAACAGAAGCACAAUGAUAAGGUAGAAAGUUUGUUGAAUCAAUUAUCUGAAGUUAAUACUCGCUAUUGCGAGGUAAGGCCGUCCGUCGAUGCUGCGGAAGCUCGUACUCGCGAAUUGGAAGUUGAAUUGGAGGCUGUGAAAAGUGAACUUGAUAAGUAUAAAGCUUUAAUUAAAGAGCAUGAAGAGAAGGAUAAACAAACGUACCUGAAUAAAGUUAAUGUGAACGAACAAGAGGAAACAGCAGCUGCUGCUACUACUGCAUGCACUGACAAAACAAAUGAUCAGAUACCUGAAACCACGCAACAGCAGCAGCAGCAGCAGCAAAAAUCAUCUUCGAAAGUUAACGCAACCGCAACCGAUCUGCAACAAGAAUUAAAAGUUACUAAAGCGGAAUUAGAAAAAAUUAAGGAUACAAGCAACUCGCCUGAACCUCACAUUUCAGCAGAUCGUAGCCAAAAUUUAUUAAGCGCUCAGGAGGCUGUUUCUCUCUGGGUCCUUGGCACACGUAAGGCAAUGUAUCGAAGUAUCGUGGAAGCAAAAUACAAGAAGGACGAAUUGGAUCUAGUAUUCACCUUGCAGUUCCUAAAAUCAGCAUUUUAUUAUUUCCUGACUGAUAAAGAGAAUCAUCUUGGACAUCUGAACGCCAUUGAAAGUAUCUUGGGUUUUACCGAAGCUGAGAAAAUCAACAUUGAUAAGAUUUAUGGUUCUGCAAGAAAAUAUUAAUUAAUUAAUUAAUUAAUUAACUAAUUAUAUAUACAUAUAUAUACAAAGAAAGAAGUUUAUAUAGAAAGUGAUGUUGUAUCUCUAUUUGUUAAAACAAUAUGGUGUAACAUGUUUAUCCAUAUAUUUAUUACUUUUCUUGAUAUAAUAAUAAUAUUUAUAAAUUUAUAUA